AUGGAUACUGGCAAUGACGAGAAGAAGCUGGCGAUGACGCCUACACCAUCGGUCUACGAAGGUCAAGCCUUGCAGCAACAACAAACUGGAGGCCUUCAUCGCCGUGUGGGAGGUCGCCAGAUUCAACUAUUCACCAUCGGAGGCUCCAUCGGCACAGCCCUUUUCAUUUCGAUCGGAACUGCUCUUUUCAAGGCCGGGCCUGGUAGCCUCCUUCUGUCCUUCUUCACCUACUGCUGCGUCAUUGCACUGGUUAACAACUGCAUUGCCGAAAUGACAGUUUUGAUGCCCGUUAGUGGUGGCUUCGUCCGUUUGGCAUGCAACUGGGUUGACGAAGCUUUGGGCUUUGCGGCCGGCAUCAACUUCUUUCUCUACGAAGCCAUUUCCAUCCCGUUCGAGAUCACCGCCCUCAAUUCAAUCCUCAAGUUCUGGCGCGAUGAUAUCCCCGUCGCGGCAGUUUGUGCGGCAUGCAUUGUUAUCUAUGCUGCCCUUAACCUUAGUGCCGUGAAGUACUACAGCGAGUCCGAGUUCUGGCUAUCGAGCGGCAAGGUCAUCUUGAUUAUCAUUCUGACAUGCUUCACAUUCGUCACAAUGGUUGGUGGAAAUCCACAACACGAUGCCUACGGCUUUCGAUACUGGAAAGAUCCUGGCGCAUUUGCAGAGUGGAGGUCCACUGGCAACCUGGGACGUUUCGAAGGCUUUCUCGCCGCAUUAUUCUUUGCGCCCCUACCGAUCGUCGGACCCGAAUACAUCUCCAUGAUUGCUGGUGAAGCGAUCCGCCCAAGAGUCAACAUCAAGAAGGCAUUCAAAACCACAUACUACCGUCUCGCGUACUUCUUCUUGGGAGGCGCCAUCUGUGUGGGAAUCGUGGUACCUCACAACGACCCAACAUUGAGAGCCAUCGUCAACGGCGAAAAGGAAAGUGGCAGCGGAGCUGCUUCCCCGUACGUUAUCGCCAUGACAAACCUAGGCGUUGGAGUCCUACCUCACCUGGUCAAUGCCCUCAUCCUCUCGAGCGUCUUUGCGGCCGGUAACACGUACUGGAACGGGGUUUAG